AUGGGUGGCGGGGCACGGGGAGGAGGUGGUUGUGGAUGCUCAAGUAGUAGCAGUGCUCCAUCACCGUCGUGUGGAGGCUCAAAUGGAGGCUCGAGUGGUGGGUAUGCAGUGCCGCCACCUCCACCACCUCCACCACUCCCAUCACCCACCUCGUACGCUGGUGUCCCGCCAGCCGACUACAAAUCAGUGCCAGCACAAGGAAACUAUUUAAAUAGACCACCUGAGCCUGGCUCCUAUGUGGCUCACGAUUUCUCCUCACCCAUCCAACAGAUCACUCACCAAAUCGUUCAGAACAUACCGGCGAGUAAACGUAUGAUCUUUCCCCCGCCACCUCCAUUCUCCCCACCAACGAUCGCGUCAAAUACCGGCCAAUAUCAACAACCGCAACAGCCACCUCCAUUUCAACCACCUCAACCACCCCAACCACCCCAACCUCCUCCGCAAAUCCACGAAACGAUUCACUACCCGGCUCAGCAACCCGUAAAAACUUUCCAAACACCGGCUCAAGUAAUGCCCUCUGGCUACGAUCAGGAGGAAAAUGAUGAGCUAGAGGAGGUGAUCAAUGCAGUGGAUAAAGGAUAUCAAAUGGUAAAAACUUCUCACUAUCAUAUGCCUGUGGAGCAGGGAGCUGAUUUGGCUGAGUAUGAAGAACCAGAUGAGGCAGUUGAGGCAGUUGAGUUAAUCAAUGAACCUCAAGAGAAACCUGUGAAGCAAAUUUUCUCACAAGCUGGAUAUGAUGAAGAACCCGAUGUGGCUGUGAAAAUGGAGCUGGUAAAAGAGCAAGAGGCGAUCGAUCAAUCAAUGAACCAUCUCGAUCAAAUGCGUGAAAGCGAUUACGAUCUGGAGGAAGAGCUCUCAAAGUAUGAGACAUCACCUCGUAUUCUUCCACAUAAACCUUUCCCCACUCCUCCAUCAGUUUCCCGAUCUUUUUCAUCAUCAAUCAAUCCUCCUCUUCCCAGUAUUCUUCCUCAUCCAAUUCUACGAAAAUUCGAAAAAGUAGAUAUCUACACUGGCCCCAUUGAGACAACAACCAUCUCAAUCAGUACAACCAUCACAACCACCGUUGUACCCCCAUGGAAACCAACAGGCUCCAGAACCACCGAAUCCAUCACCCCACCGCCAAUUCUCGUCGACCCAUUCGUGAAGCACUCGUUUACUGAUAGCUCUACUCUUUCCACUAAAGCAACAAUGAAUGAAGAACCAUCAACAGUAGUCAUCGAACCGUCUACUAUAGCUACCGUACACCAACCAGACCUAACAAAACCUGAGUAUGAUCAACAAUCGUUACUACCUACUGUAGGUAUUGUGCCACCGCUGGACCCAAAUAAACCAGAAUAUGACCCGUAUCAACCGUUUAAUCCAACGAAUUUUGACGCAGAAACAGGGGAUUCAGGAUUCGAUGUAAACUUUCCGCCACAAUCCUUUGAACAUUCGGAAUUGGAGGAAUUCGCAGCGGUGACUUCAAAAGCUUUCGAGCCAUCACAUCCCGGGUUUGGGCCUCGAGAUUAUCCUUUAUAUCCGAACGAUUUUUCUAAAAAUGAUCUUGGAUAUAAGUUUUUGAAAGAUUCAGUGACGAAAAAACCAGAAAAUGAUGAGGAAACGAAUCUCACGUAUCGAGAAGCAUUGAUAAAGAAAUUCUCGAAAAAUUUAGGAAAAAAGCGAAACUCAAGAAUGUACAAAUAUACCCCACCGAAAGUGAAUCUUCGAGAGAAAAAGUGGAAAGGAAAAGGCACAUUGAAGAGGUUUAUGGAGGAGAAAUUC